UGUAAUGUUUAUUGAUCAGCUCCCCGGCAGGCGGGCAGGCCUGUGUGACAGCAGUCAGAUUAGUCGGGAUAUGGCGUCGCAGCGCCGACACAGGAUGAAUUUUCCUCUCCCUGUGGGAAUUUACCAGCCGUGUUCCGGGGACGCUCCUGCCUUUUGAGGCUGCUAACAGGGGGGCGGGGGACAUACAUGGCGAUGGAGGAGGAGGAUAACAGCACAGCGGUCCCUGCGAUCAACAUCCGAGCCGACAUCAAGAAGGGAGGCGAUGCCGGAGACAACGGGGCUUGUAUUGACAGGCAGCCGGACACGGUGGUCCAUCAGGCGGGGCUGAGCCGGACUGCGGGUCGCGGCAGCCGCAGCGGUCCCGGAGCUCACUCUGCAACCGGGAUCCGAGUGCUGAAGCGCAACAUGAAGAGGAACGGGAGCCGGAGCUGCACGACAAGGAAAACCAGAUUCGGGUCACGAGAGCGUGACUGGCUGAAGGGGGACACCCAGCGAGGCUGUGUGUGUCUCUACGGCGGCGCCGUGGACCCCCAGCCGCCUGCUUCCGGCCCACAGGCCUCCUCCACCCCACAGACAGACCUGCAGUUGGUGCUCUGCUCCACCAGCACCAGCGUGGAGGAGCUCUGUGCUCAGAGAAACGGACAGGGACUCUACGUUCAGCUGCAUGGAGACCUUGUCAGGAGGCUGGACCCCAGCGAGCGUCCCCUCCAGAUGGUUUACGACUACCUGACGUCGAUGGGUUACGCAGACCCGGUGCGAGUACAGGACGAAGCGGCCAACUCUGACCUCAGCUGCAUGAUCCGUUUCUACAGCGAGAGGCCAGUGAAUGCAGACCAGCAGGAGCGGACCUUGUUGAAGGGUGUGUUCAGCGUCCGGAAAGGCAAGACGCAGCUGCACAAGUGGGCAGAGCGGCAGGUUAUUCUGUGCGGCACGUGUUUAAUAGUGGCCUCUGUGAAAGACAGUCUGGCGGGGAAGAUGCACAUUCUGCCCCUGGUGGGCGGAAAGGUUGAGGAGGUGAAGCGGAGGCAGCACUGUCUGAUGUUCAGCUCCGCCGGAUCGCAGGCGCAAACUUACUUUGUCAAUUUCGACACGCUCGCCGACUACCAGCGAUGGCACCGGCAGGCGUCAAAAGUGGUUUCUCAGACGGUGAGUGUGGUGGACCUGUCCUGCUACAGCCUGGAGACGGUGCCUGAAUAUCUGUUUUACUGUCAGGACCUCACCCACCUCAACCUGCGGCACAACUUCAUGAGGCUGCAGGGGCCUGGAAGCCUGCUUAACCUCCCCAGGUUUUCCCAGCUGAAGAGUCUGAACAUAUCUCACAACCGUCUGGGUGUGUUCCCUGAGUGUGUCGGUGAGAUCCUCUCUCUGACCGAGCUGAACCUCUCCUGCAACAAUCUGCACACCAUCCCUGUUCAGAUCGGCAACCUGCAGAG